AUGGCAUCUAUAUUAACUGUGAUACGUCCGGCGCAAAAAAUCACCCAAGGAACGAGACCAGUUUGUAGACUAACGAGCUCAAUUACCUUCUUUAACACGAUACGACGACUAUCUUUAUCAGUGUCAAGACCACAAGAUGGCCUUGCGGAGACAAAUGAGCGUCCAAGAUGGUCCCACACACCUGAAAGAAUGAAGAUGCCAUACAGAGUUCGACUAGUAGACCCCGAGAAGAAAUGGGAAUGCAAUAGCGAUCCAAAGCGAUUAGACCACUUUUAUAUAAAAUUGCUCGGCGUCGGGGGUGACAAGUUGCUUCCCGAAGAAGUGAAAUGGCUUGCCGUCACACACAAAAGCUUUGAACAAGGAGCUAGAGGAUUUAAUGACAGGUUGGCCUUUUUUGGACGUCGCUUGAUAAAUCUACAGACAGACUUGGCAUUAGUUUCUUCUGAGCCUCCAGAAAAAUCUAGUAAUCAUAUGAAAACGCCUGACGGCAGGACCCCAUUUAAACACCCGUCUCUUGUCGGAUUACCGAACUUGGUCAAUAUACCCCUGUCUGAUGUAUUGACAGUAGAGAAAAUUGCAUCACUAGCAACCUCUAUGGGAAUGAGAAGUGUAGUCAGAUGGCAUCCAAGACUGAUUCGUGACCUUGACGCAUCAGGAAUAAAUGCAAUACUUACGACCUCGAUAUACGCAAUAUUCGGCGCGUUGGCCUUGCAGAAUGGAGGAAAGGUAGCCAUAAAUCUUGCCAAGGCUCGAGUUCUAAAGCCUCUAGGUAUCAUAUAA